AUGCAGGAGUCGCCGUUCGCGGACAGUCGAUCGGGCUCUGAGGAUGAUAUGCUGGAAUACGAGGACGGGCCUUUUUGCACGUGCAGUCCGUGCAAGACGAGGCGUGCAGUGACAGGACCCGAGAAGGGUCUUUUCGCGCUGGCACUCGUUGCUUUCGUCGUUAUCAUCGUCCUUGCUGCGCAUAUUGGCGGGAAGAAGGAGGUCAAAGUACUGCCGAAAUGCGAGUCUCCUGGCUGCCUAUCUGCGGCUAGCUCGAUCCUUUCUGCCAUGGACACGAGUGCCGACCCAUGUGAGAACUUCCACCAGUACGCAUGUGGAGGCUGGCUACGGGAGACGCCCAUACCACCCGGGUACCCCAUCUGGGACCGCUUCCAGGAACUGGCGUAUAAACACUGGUUCAUGCUCAAAACAUUAAUUGAAACACACAAAAUAGAUAGAGGCGUGCAGAAGAAGGUGCGUGACUUUUACCGAAGUUGCAUGGACGAAAGUCAAGUGUCGCGUGCAGAAACGAUCAGCAGAUUCCGAUCACUACUUACAAACGUCACUAGAGGCGGCGGGACUGAGGCGUUACCCGGGGCAGGCACUACGCAUCAGAAAUGGGACAUGACUGGAACGCUACUGUCCAUACAUAAGCUAAACUUCUGGCCGCUGUUUCAAGUCAUGAUUGGACCGGAUGAAAGAAACCCGAAUGUCAAUAUCAUUAAGAUCGAGCCUGGUUACUCGCCGUUCCCGUUCAACAUUUUCAAACAGGAUGUCGAGAGGGCGCUCAGUAAACGUAGCUCAAACAUCACAAACAGUAUCAACGGCACUGAUCCAGACGCUAUUUCACAACCUGAAGUUAAUGAAACCCAGACCGAAUUGACAGACAACAAGACAGACUCUACUAACCCUGAAUACAACAUCGAUACCACAGAGACUCCUGAACCUACCACAACGAAGAAACCACACAUUAAGGAUACGCAUUCACAUCCAAAGGAGAAUGUAACCGCGCAGGUAAAAGCCUACCUACGAGAGACGACAGGUUUGCUCCUGGUGCUCUGGGAACAGACCAAGGAGCAAGCUGAAAAGGAGGCACAGAACAUCCUGCAGCUGGAGAAACAACUCGCAUUGGCUCAUGAUAUAGACCUUCACAUCCACAACCGGACACAGGCUUACAAGGAUUUAGCUGUAAAAGAUUUGCAAUCUAAAUGCUCUAUGAUCAACUGGUCGUUCUACCUGAACAACUUACUGUCGGAAGGAAGUGGAGCAGCACAUGUCGUCAAACCUGAAACGGAAGUGAUAGUCCUCCACGAGGGGGCACUCAAACAAGUCUGUAAUGUCGUGCACGAGUACAACAGCAACGACGAGAAAAAGGGCAUACUAGAGAGGUAUGUUUUACUGGGUCUGGCAAGGUCAAUGAAGCCCUUCUUUGACCUCACAACAUUCCAACCCGAUGUCAACCACGACGAAGAAAUGGAGGCUGAAGGUGAGCAUUGGCGUCGCUGUACUUUUUACACCAACAAGGCGUUAGGACUCGCUACCGCUGCCGUAUAUGUUAACGCGACGAUGAUCGACGCGUCUCUUGCUCAGAAUAAAGGGACAGACAAUAAAACUUUGCAGGUUACAACCCUGGUAACCUAUGUGAAGAGAGCUUUCAAGGAAUACCUUCUGAGAAAGAUCUGGAUGGACGCGAAGACAAGGGAAAAUGCCGAGAAAAAGCUUGAUGAGAUGAUUGAGAAAGUGGGCUACCCGUCUUUCAUCCUCAACAACACGUUCCUUACCGACUUAUACACCAAUUUUACCAUCGGCGAUAACUGGUUCAACAAUUUGCUCAAAUGGAGAAGGUUUACUAUUACAAACAUGGCGAAUUCUCUGAGUAAACCGUUUGACAGACUUAAUAGCUGGAAUAACCCACCUUUGUCAGUAGAUGCGGACUACAGUCCUGUCAGGAACGACAUAACCCUUCCCAUUGCACUUUUUCACCUUCCCAUUUAUAGCCAUGAUGGGCCCAGUGCAUUUAACUUUGGUGCAAUUGGAUCUAUAAUAGGGCACGAAAUAACACAUGCAUUUGAUAUUCAAGGUCGGCAGUACGACGGUCAAGGUCGUUUACGGGACUGGUGGGAUCCCGUGACGGCCGAGAUGUUCAACGAGACUACCUACUGUAUGAAGGACCAGUAUGACCACUUUAAGAUAGGAAACAUGACGAUACAAGGAGCUCAAACGUUGGGAGAAAAUAUAGCAGAUAAUGGUGGUUUACGAGCUGCUCAUAUAGCGUAUGAGGUAUGGGUGCAGGAGCAUGGUGAGGAGCAACCGGUUGCAGGACUGGACCUCGACAACAGACAGUUGUUCUUCGUCUCUUACGCUCAAAUGUACUGCUCAAAGUGGACCAUGUCGGGCAUAACGAACUUCCUCAUGCUAGACACACACAGUCCUGGUCCUUUUAGAAUCGAGGGUGCCUUAUCCAAUUCAUUUGAAUUUUCUGAUGUGUUCAAAUGCUCUAACGUAGCAAAGUACAACCCGCCGAUAAAGUGUCGAGUAUGGUGAAAUAUUACCUAGAAAUAUAUGAUCAUUCAAGGACCAUGCAAUAGAGACGUUCAAGGCACCAUCAAAAUACCUUCUGCUUAAAUAACGAUGGAUGAAUUGCAGAGGGUACAAGUAUUGGACGAUGGUGGCGAUAUUUAGAAUGCAAAAUCGUCGCGGACUGCGUCUGCAAAGCAGAAAGAUCUCAUAUUAAAAAUACUGGUGUAGGGCGCCUUAUUUAAACGGCGUCUUUCGAAGGAGUAACAUCCUUCAGUGGCUGGAUGAAAAGUUGUUGACUCAUUUACAGUUGUCAUGGAUCUCAUACAGAACACUUACUUCUAUAAAAGUAUUGUUAUUUAUGUUGUUUUCUAUUUUUUUCAAAUAUAAACUGGCCACCUCUCCUAUAUUUAGCGCGCCUUUUUAUGUAAACAUGUGUGUUAUAUAGUCCAUUGUUUGUUUUUUUAAUAGCGAAAGUUUUCUUUGCAUAAUAAGACCAAUAUAAGUGAAAAUCGAAAUGGAAUACCUCAUCAGGAACCAUAUUCACAAAAAUAUCAUACGAGAAGCACUUGUUUGAGACAUAUUUUACAACAAUUUUCAAUUUUUGGUGUCAAAAUUAGCAUAUCGUUGUAUUAUAGAUACUUUGUUUCAUUUCAAAUAUCUUUAACUGAGUCUCAGAUUCAGGGUCAAGAUUUUAGCGACUAUGGGCCCGGUUAUGAAUGUCAGAAUCUAUUUGUUAAAGUGUUUUAUCAAAUGUUUUUGUUGUUUUUUUAAUUCUUUGAUUGUUUUAACAUUCGCUUUAAAAUGAAUGAAUGGUACACAUGGUUAUUUACGGCUUAACACUAUGCUUGAAUGAAACCAAACAAAUCAUACAUGUUACGUCUUUUUGUAGAAUUAUUCUUACCUAGCGUUGAGACUAUUUUGGAAUAAAAUACUUAUU